GCUCUGUUCUCGUUCGUCUGGGAGCCAAAGAUUAAAAACAAAAAAGGGGAAAAAUGGAAAUUUCCAGUAUGAACAAGUCUUUAAGGUGUAGCCGUUAGUUCUUGAAACCCCAAUAAUCUUCAAGCAACAUUGUUGAUUAUCUCUCUACACUGCGCUUUUCAAUGGAUUUGCCAACUGGGUUCGGGGUUCCAGUACACCUAAAUCUUACAUUUUCCCCGAAUGACACUCAAAAAAAACCCAAACCCAAGUCAAAAGCUCCCUUCCUUACACAGAUUUGUAAAGAAGCACUGUUACAAGAGAGAAACAGGGUGGGGGGUAAAAUGGUGAAGCGAAAAGGCAGAAGAGGACAAAAGAGGAAGAGUGCCCGUACUAAGGCACUCGAGGCUUCGAAGAAGGCCAAGAAAGAGAGCAACAACAACAACAGCAGCAGCAGUCCUCUCAGUACAGAGGAAGAGCGAAACCAAGACAUCAGUCGUGAUCAGCACAAUGCCGCCCUAUCACCGCCGCUGGCGACGGCGGCGGAGGGAAUGGCGGAGGCUGCCAUUGGCCGACAACAAUCUAUGCCCGAGCCCAGAAGGGGGCGGAAGAAGAAGAGACUCGAUGAAGUGGCGGUUACUUCUGUUGGCCCCGCAACCCACCAGAAUGGAGAACAGGAAAAACUCGAAGUUCCUCCAGUAAAUAAUGUUCUGCCAUCUAAACAGCGGAUGCCUGAAAAACGCAUACUUGAGUUUGUCCUUGAUAUACUGCAAAGGAGAGAUACCCAUGAAAUAUUUGCUCAGCCAGUUGACCAAAAUGAGGUGGAGGGCUAUUAUAGUAUCAUUGAAGAACCAAUGGACUUUGGCACAAUGAGAGCGAAACUUCAAGAGGAAAUCUACACCACUUUGGAACAAUUUGAGAAUGAUGUGUUUCUGAUAACCAACAAUGCAAUGCUUUUCAAUUCGUCCUCUACGAUCUACUUCAGACAGGCGCGUGCUAUACAUGAGCUUGCAAAGAGGGUCUUUCAUACCCUAAAAACUGAACCACAGAAAAUAAAGCUGGAGUUCUCCAUGACAAGAAGACGGUAUGGGAGGAAACCCCGUGGUGAAUACGGAAGUUCAAGCGUUAACCUUGGCGCAAAGCUUAGAGUUAAUAACCUAGCAGAUCCGCAUGAUUAUGAUAUUCUUUCAGGGUGUCGAGAUGGUAGAAAUGUGAAUUACAACAAAACUGAAAGGCGUCAAACGUAUGCACCUCAGUAUUCCACAGUCAGUGAGGAGGAGUCCAUAGUUUCAACGGUUUAUAGCUCCUCGAAACAACUUGUGCCAGGAAAUGGGGGUAUCGGGUACAAAGAGAGUCUGCUGCGGUUCGUUGAAGAAUUAGGACCAAUCGCUCAAAUGGUGGCACGCCAGAAGUUGAGAUGCUUGACUCAAACACCAAUUCCUCUGAUUUCAUCGACAGCUCCCCAACAAAGACCUACUUGUAUAAAUGGUGUCACGAACACUGUAACUGCUGCUCUGAAAAACCCACAGGGCAGCCACGACACUAUAUCAAAAGGAAAAAACAUUAUCACCAGCGACAACACAGGUAUCAACAGUAGCAUUUCCAGAGGAAGGAUGGAGGUCGAAAUUGAUAGACUGGAUAUUCCCAAUGCAAGGAAGGGUGUUCUCAUUGGUGACGGCAUGGAUUCCUACAGUGGUCCUAUCUGCGGCGAAACUCUCCCUUGCAGUGUAAAUGAUGGCUUAGAUAGCCAUAAGUACAUGGAUCUUGGUCAAGGAGCUGUAAGGGGAGGUAGUGGUAACUGCAGUCAAAACAUUCAGAGUCAAUUUUGUUCUUCUUAUCUCCCAAAUGAUCGCGAGCAGCCAUCACAUUCUGCCCCUAUACCACAACCGGCGUUGUUUGAAUUCCUUUCUAGCAGCAGUCAUAAGCGCCUGAAAUCAUCAGUAUAUCCUUCCACAGUCAUAAGGCCAUCCGUGCCGAGUCAGCAUAUGGCCUUGAUGCAUGGGCCAGGACGGGAAUCCAAUGCUCCGCCGGACCUCAAUUGUGGAGCUAGUUCGAGUCCUGUGAGCCAACCUGUGGAGUGGAGCCUGCCUACCCCGUGGGGUCCACAGGUGAUCGUCGAUAUUCAUGCAAAUCUGUUGAGCAACAAGGGAUUCAUGCACCAAGAACCGCAGCUCCCGGUGGAUCAGUACUGGCAAGCAAAGUCCAGUAGAGAGAGUCCGUUGGGCCAUGAUGGGCUUCCACGGCACCAAAGGGGACCGCAGGUUGCAUCAGCAGCACCGUACACCCAAGUGCAGCCCAGUGGGGCGAACCCUCUAGGCCAAGAUGCAGUUCUGCAGCAAGAACUCUUGAGCCAGUCUGGUUAUACACAGCCGCAGCCAAGUCUACUGAAUCUCUUGGGCCAGGGUAUAUUCACGCAUCUCAGUCCACUAGGCCAGGAUGCUUACGCGGUGGAAGGCCCACAACUAGUAGUACCCCAGUACGUGGAACCGCAGGCGCCCAACUAUGUGAAUCCACUGGGCCGGUAUGGAAUUCGAUCGCAAGAUACGCAACCCGGGUUGCCACACCAAGGAGUGACGUCUGAUCCAAGGUACUUCAAUGAGAGAGAGCUCAUGAAAGACAACCAACAAAACAGUAUUAAUGCUGGAUUCUGGAACUUUCAACAGCAGUUUUUGAGAGGUGCUACCAGCCAUCACCCUGAUUUGGAUCUUCGGCUGCAAACCCGUAAUCGGAGGUCGUAAAAAACUGGAAAAGAAACAAGAAACAGAAAAAGGAAUGUAGGACAAAAGAAGAAAGGAGUAUAGUUUUCUUGCCUGUGAAAAACAAUACCCCAUAAAUAUAGAGGAGUGUUUUAGCCCUGUUCUCUUGUGUGCGCGACAAUUUUGGCCCCGUU